UGUAGUUUUGCGAGUGUUUUGCAGCGACUGCUGGGUGUAACAGUGGGCGUGUGUUUCAUUGUAUUUAUACGAGUGUAUAACGUGUGUUUUCAGGGGCAGUGUCGCAGGUCUUGGACAGUCUAGAGGAGAUUCACGCCUUGACGGACUGCAGCGAGAAAGACAUGGACUUCCUGCACAGCGUCUUCCAGGACCAGCACCUCCACACCCUGUUAGAUCUCUAUGACAAAAUCAACAGCAGGUCGUCCCCUCAGAUCAGAAACCCUCCGAGUGACGGAGUGCAGCGAGCCAAAGAGGUACUGGAAACGCUCUCCUGUUACCCCGAGAACAUGGAGGCCAAGGAGCUCAGGAGGAUCCUCACACAGCCACACUUCAUGGCUCUGCUGCAGACCCACGACGUGGUGGCCCACGAGGUGUACAGUGACGAUGCGUUGAGGGUGACCCCCCCGCCCACCUCCCCUUACCUGAACGGAGAUUCCCCGGACAGCACCAACGGGGACAUGGACCUGGAGAACGUCACCCGGGUCCGCCUGGUCCAGUUCCAGAAGAACACAGACGAGCCCAUGGGCAUCACUCUGAAAAUGAAUGAACUGAACCACUGCAUCGUGGCGCGAAUCAUGCAUGGUGGAAUGAUUCAUCGACAAGGGACUCUGCACGUAGGAGACGAGAUCCGGGAGAUAAACGGCAUCAGCGUUGCUAAUCAGACGGUCGAGCAGCUCCAGAAGAUGCUGAGGGAGAUGAGGGGUAGCAUCACCUUCAAGAUUGUGCCCAGCUACCGGUCCCAGUCCAUGUCUUGCGAGAAAGAGUCACCAGAUGUGUCUCGACAGUCGCCCGCAAAUGGACACGCCAGUGUAACCAGCUCCAUCCUGGACCUCCCGGCGACGAUCCAGCCCAAAGGCCGCCAGAUCUCCAGACCUGCUAUCAAGGACAAAUUGUCCAUCAAGAUUUACGUCCGCGCUCAGUUCGAGUACGACCCUACCAAAGACGACCUCAUCCCGUGCAAGGAGGCGGGCGUCCCCUUCCGCGUCGGGGACAUCAUUCAGAUCAUCUCCAAGGACGACCACAACUGGUGGCAGGGAAAGUUGGAGAACACCAAGAACGCCACGGCGGGACUCAUCCCCUCGCCUGAGCUGCAGGAGUGGCGCGUGGCGUGUAUAGCGAUGGAGAAGACCAAACAGGAGCAGCAGGCGAGCUGCACCUGGUUUGGUAAGAAGAAGAAACAGUACAAAGACAAGUACCUGGCCAAGCACAACGCAGUGUUUGACCAACUAGAUCUGGUGACAUACGAGGAAGUGGUCAGAGUGCCGUCUUUCAAAAGAAAAACACUAGUGUUGCUCGGUGCACAUGGAGUCGGCAGGAGGCACAUCAAGAACACGCUCAUCACCAAACACCCCGACCGCUUUGCCUACCCCAUCCCCCACACGACUCGGCCUCCCAAGAAGGACGAGGAGAACGGCAAGAACUACUACUUUGUGUCUCACGACCAGAUGAUGCAGGACAUCAGCAACAACGACUACCUGGAGUACGGCAGCCACGAGGACGCCAUGUACGGCACCCGGCUUGAGACCAUACGGCAGAUCCACCAGCAGGACAUGGUCUCCAUCCUGGACGUGGAGCCGCAGGUAACAGAGGGGCUCUGGCCCUCUUGGAGUUGUCCCCUUUCCUGAGGCGGUGUUUGUAAA